GAAAAAGUUGGGAUUUUAAGGCGCACAGAAAAACACGGGACCACGUCAAGGGAGCCAGAUUGAAUUCACUAGACGGAAAACUACAAAGGCGUGUCUGCACAUAGAGAAGCCAUGAGGGCCCUCUUUAUCAACUCCACCCUGCUUCUCAUCCACCGACCAGGCAAUGCCUCUGUGGUGGAGCUCACAGUGUUCGAGAGGUGCACGGCAAUGCCCGAAGUUCUGCUGUUCUAUUUCUGCCUGCAGUUCAUCAACCUGUUCCUGGGCAUCCCGGCCAACGUCAUGGUCCUCUGGCUCAUCCACAGGACCAAAGGGGACUCCUCCACGUCGGACAUCUUUAUCCUACACCUGGCCGUCCUGGACACAUUCUUUUGCCUCAUCCCGCCCCUGGAGUUCGCCAACCUCAUGUACCUGACGGUGGACAGCACCUGGUACGUCCUGCGCUUCUUCUACGGCGUCAAGGACUCCUCGCCCCUCUUCCUCUCCUGCAUCUGCAUGGACCGCUACAUGGCCGUGCGCCACCCCAUCCUCUUCACCGAGCUCAAGGACCGCAAGCACCGUUCAGUGUGCGUGGCCGUCGUCUGGCUCAUCACGCUGGUGUACGCCGCCGCCAAGUGUGUGGGAAACAUCCCCAACUUCGAGAAGGCCUUCACCGUCAUGAUCCUGGCCGCCUUCGCCUUCAUGGUCUUCUGCAACAUGUCCAUCCUCUGGGCUCUCAGACAGUCCGGUCCUGGCCGCGACGAGAUGCACCCGGUCAAGAAGAGGGCCUUCAAGAUGGUGCUCAUCAUCCUGGCCAUCAUCGUCUUCAACUACUUCCCGCCCGUCGCCCUCUUCCCGUUCCAGGAGUACUUCACCGACGACGUGUUCAAAUGCUACAUCCACUAUAUCGCCUUCGGCUUCAUGGACAUCAGCAGCAGCAUCCAGCCGGUGCUCUACCUCUCCAAGGAGAAGCUGAUUAUCCCGAGCUGUAGAACUAAAGACGACUGCUGCAGCCGCUACAGCUGUUGCAGCUGUUGCUGCGCUGUGACAGGUGAAAUGCAGGUGAGCACUUAGAGUUGCAUUCAGGUCCACAGAAUUCACAUAUAAUGACAGAGAAAAAUAAAAAGUCAUUGUAUCUUUGAAAUAGACUUGAGCUGCGAUUAGUACAGUUAAUGUGGUUUAGUUUUGCCUCUUGUUGAGGAAAUUAGUCUUGUUGACUAAAAUGACAUGGUCAACUCUGAGACUAAGGUACCUUAAUGUCCUCCAUUAAACUCAUGUUUGGUUGUUUUGUUAUUCAGCUGUGUAUGCUUUAAACUUUAGAUUUUUGUAUCGCACAUUGUAUAUGUACUAUUUGAAUGUGAAAAGGUAAUGUGAAACAUGAAUUAAGAUUAAGAUGUCAGUAAUGUAAAACAAAACAUAA